AUGAUCCCACUAUGUGAUCCCUCCGUCCUGGAUAACAAUCCACAGUUCAAAAGACUUUAUCAGCAUUUGACCAAGGACAUUCUCAAUCCUAAUGGCACCACCCGUGCAGACCAAAUCGAUCCUGCUCGCAAAGCAGUUGCUGAGGAGCUGAGAGGGCUGCAAGUUAGUGCCGCGAAGAAGGAAAUAAUCAGAAACGCGACGAAGCGGGCGAUAUUGGAUUCUCGGAAUGCUUUGCCAAAGGAUCUACAAGAAAACCACAUGGUAAUAUCGUUGUUUCUCGAUGACUCCACGACAAACAUUGAAGCCGACAAAGAUAAUAUACUUGGAGACGAUGCAACCGCCCUCCUUAAGCGCAACGUUGAGAGCUUCUACAGCAACAUCCAUAUGUAUGCACCGUAUAUAUCGCGAACGAUCACGUCAGACAUCGACGAUCUACGUUCCAUCGCGAACUUAUUGAAGCCCACCGCAACAACCAGCGCACUCUCCGGACGGCCGUUGGCGAAUCGGUCUCAACCUCGCAGUACUCGGACAGGAAAAUUCGCUGCUAGGGAGAGCAUCCAGCCACGACUUUCCUUGCAGAUUACAGAAAGAAUGCACAGACUGCGAGAGCUUCAAAUAUCAAAAUUACCAGCUUCGAGAAGACAAAUGGCUGUGACAGCUGCGAGUGUGCUAGCGGCUAGAGCAGCAGUGAUCGAGCGCAUGAUUGUCCUCCUGGAACAAACAAAGCAUGGUGUAUUAUGUAGAGCGAUGAAAGCGCAGGCAGACCAUUUGGCAACUGUUGCCGAGGGAAUGAGUGGUAAAGCUGAGGUGAUAAAGCUUGAGGCUCUCACAACCAUCUACACGCCAAAAACGACAGCGGCUCUUGAGGAUUACCGCGAACAUUUGAGAAGAACGCGCUUGCGACUUGAGGAGAAACAGAGUAUAGCUAUUCAGACACUGGAGGAGUAUGGGGAGGUUGGAACUGAUCACAACAAGAGCGACGUGUUAAACAAACGCGUUGGCAAGGAUAACAAAACAAUGCCAGGCCCUAUGGCUGAUAUAGCCCGCCGAUAUGGUGCUUUGGUGAAGGAAGUGGAGACGGUCAAGACGGAAAUGAAGCGAUUAGAGAUAUAG